GCUGAGCGUUUGCUGGGCGUAGAGAGUGUGUGGUUGAGUGCUGUGCGAUGGCGCGUACGAAGCAGACGGCGCGUAAGUCGACGGGCGGGAAGGCGCCCCGCAAGCAGCUGGCCACCAAGGCGGCCCGCAAGAGCGCGCCGGCCACGGGCGGCGUGAAGAAGCCGCACCGCUACCGGCCCGGCACGGUGGCGCUGCGCGAGAUCCGGCGCUACCAGAAGUCCACGGAGCUGCUGAUCCGCAAGCUGCCCUUCCAGCGCCUGGUGCGCGAGAUCGCACAGGACUUCAAGACCGACCUGCGCUUCCAGAGCUCGGCCGUCAUGGCGCUGCAGGAGGCGAGCGAGGCCUACCUGGUGGGGCUCUUCGAGGACACCAACCUGUGCGCCAUCCACGCCAAGCGCGUCACCAUCAUGCCCAAGGACAUCCAGCUCGCCCGCCGCAUCCGCGGGGAGCGCGCCUGAGGCUGCUGUGCUUUCCCUGCCAAACCCAAAGGCUCUUUUAAGAGCCACUCCAUCUACAAUAAAAGGAGCUGUUGACACUAUGCAACGAGUAAUGAAA